CCUGAGUUUGUUUGGUCAAGAUGCUUUAAAACACUCGAUGGUCAUUGUGAGAUGCAGGAAGACUAAAACAAAUCCGUUUGUGACACAGCUCGUUAAUGACUGUGGAGGAAGACACUACAGCAUGUCUGAAAAAAAACACAAGUCAUUAAUGCAGAUUAUUGAGAAGAUUGUCCAUGAAAACAGAGGAGCCCUCCUCACCUUCAGUGAAGAGACUAUCAGAACAGAGUCUGAAGACAUCAGAGCAGCUUUAAACCUGGUUCUGUGUGGGAGGAGAGGAGCAUGGAAGACUUCAGCAGCUGAGGCCAUUUUAGGUCAGACAGAGUUUCCUUCAGACUCCAACUCAUCAGAGUGUGUUCAGGGUCAGGGAGAGGUAUGUGGACGUCAGGUUUCCCUGGUGGAGCUGCCUGCCUUGUAUGGAAAACCUCAGGAGGAAGUGAUGGAGGAAUCACUCAGGUGUGUCUCUCUCUGUGAUCCUGAGGGCGUCCACGCCUUCAUCCUGGUCCUACCUGUGGGUCCCCUCACUGAUGAAGACAAGAGAGAGUUAGAAAUCAUCCAGAACACAUUCAGCUCUCGAGUCAAUGACUUCAUCAUGAUUCUGUUCACUGUGGAGUCAAAUCCUACAGCUCCAGAUACUGUUAACCUUGUAAACAAGGACAGAGACAUCCAGGAGAUCCUUCAGAGCUGUGGAGGAAGACAUGUUGUUCUCAACAUCAAGGACAAGCAGCAGAUCCCAGAGCUGUUGGACACGGUGGAUCAAAUGAGACUGAGACCCUACAAAGACAAACCGUGCAGCUAUACAACAGAAACAUUUGCACAUGCUCAAAUAGAAAAGCUCAGAGAACAAGAGGAAAACAUCACCAAACUACAGGCUGAACUGAAGGACCUGAGAACAGACAGCACCACCAGCUGUGCUGGUGAAGAACAGAGUCCAGAGUGUCUCAGGAUUGUGCUGAUAGGGAAGACUGGCUGUGGGAAGAGCUCUGCAGGAAACACCAUUCUAGGAAGAGUUGAGUUUAAAGCUGAUUUUGGCCAAACAUCAGUCACCAAACGCUGUCAGAAAGAACAGACUGUAGUUGACGGUCGUCCAGUCGUCGUGGUCGACACUCCUGGUCUAUUUGACACAACUCUGUCUCAUGAAGAGGUUAAUGAGGAAACAGUGAAAUGCAUCAGUCUUCUGGCUCCAGGACCUCAUGUCUUCCUGCUGGUGAUGCCAAUUGGCAGAUUUACACCAGAAGAGAAGGAGACAUUAAAACUUAUCAAGAAAGGCUUCGGGAAGAAUGCAGAGAGGUUCACCAUCAUUUUGUUAACUGGAGGAGAUACACUGGAACACAAGAAACUGUCUGUUAAGGAAUACAUCGAAGAGAAAUGUGACGCUUCCUUUAAGAAACUGAUCGAUGACUGUGGAGGAAGAUACCACGUGUUUAAUAACCGUGAUAAACAAAACCACAAGCAGGUCAGUGAGCUGAUCACCAAGAUCGACAACAUGGUGAAGAGAAAUGGAGGCAGCUGCUACACUAAUGAGAUGCUGCAAGAGGCCGAGGCAGCGAUACAGAGAGAGAUGGAGAAGAUCCUGAAGGAGAAGGAGGAAGAGAUGAAGAGAGAGAGGGAGGAGCUUCAAAGAAAACAUGAGGAAGAAAUGGACGAAAUGAAAAUAAAAAUGGAAAAACAGAGAGAAGAAAUAGAAAAGGAGCGAAAACUGAGAGAAGAACAACUUAAAGAAAAGGAAGAAAACAUCAACAGAGAACAACGUGAGAAGAGAAAGAAAGAACAAGAAAUGAGAGAAGAAGAAGACAAGAAGAGAAAACAGGAGGAAGAAAUUCAGAAAAAGGAGUGGAAACUAAAAGUUAAAGCUUUGGAGGAAAAAAUAAGAUCAGAGUCAGAAUCAAAAGAAAACAUUGACAGAAAGCUGGAGGAGAGCAGAGAAGAGAUGAAGAGAGAACGAGAGAAAGAGGAUAAAAAACAAAAGGAAUGGUGGGAAAAACGACUUCAAGAAGAUGAACAGAGACGACAGGAAGAAGAAGAGAAAAUCAGAACACUGCAAGAAGAGUACGAGCAAGAAAGAAAAAAUUAUGAAAGGAAAAGAAACGAAGAGGAUCAAAUGAGAAGAGAACAAGAGGAGAAAGAGAGAAAAGAAAUGGAGGAGGGCUAUAACCAGAAAAUUGAUAAUCUGAAGAAGACGCAUGAAGAAGAAGCCAGAAAGAAAGCUGAAGAGUUCAACGAGUUCAAAGAGAAAUAUGACAAGAUGUUUGCAGAUCUGAAGAAAGAACAUGAGAAAUAUGACAUCUUAAAGACACUUAAUGCCGCCAAGGAAGAACUGAACAAGAAAAAAGAAGAAGACCAUCUUGGUGAAAUUUAUGAAUUGUUGGAACAAGUGACUUCAGAUUUUGAAAGACUGUCAAAAAUAAAUGACAUGCUGAAAGACCAUGAAAAACAAAUGAAGAAAGCGAAAACAGAGGAGGAAAAGAAAACUCUGUGGCAAAAACAUAAAACAGAAAUCUUGGCCCUGAUGCCAAAAACUUCUGAACGGGUCAACAAAUCAACGUGGGCAAGUCUCUGGGAGAAGCUCUCAAACAUUUUCAAGUGACAGACAAGUUCCAGCAGAAACUUCUUAACUGUAAUAUUUUGCAGUGGACUUGCAGACAUGCUUCUCAUUUGCUGGCAUCCAAAUCAGCAUCACAUGCAAUAGAACAAAUCUCUGUGAUGUGACACUAACAACAGUCACCUGAUCUAAAGUGACUAUAAACACUAAAGAAUCAGUAAGUCAACAUGGUAUAAGAGACAAUAAUGGACUCUAAGGUGUUCUGUUAUGGAGAAGAUGAAGUUCUACUC